UUGCGGAUUAAGAUAAUCAUAUUUGUAGAUCUGGAUAAUUGCUUGUAACAGCAAAGAUGAUUUUUGAAUAAGAAGUAAGAAGAGGUCCACAAUUAAGCAAACCAUUUGCCUUAUAAUACCAUUGUUAUCACAUCCACUUUGUGUCUUUUCACCUCCCCUGUCUCAAAAACAGAGGACCAUUUGCUCUGUUUCUUGAUUCUGUGUUCUCUCCUAAUCAAAAGUUCAAAUCUUUUGGACAAUCCACGAAAUGGAAGAUCGAAGCAGGUGAAAAUGACGAGAAGGAGAGACGGUAACAAGGAUUCCGUUCAAGGAGAUGGUUAGAACGGCGUCGUUUGGAACCAGCUCAAGCUUUGUUCUUCGUCUCGGACAAACUCUGUUUUCCUCUGCUUCGCUUCUUUUCAUGUGCUUUAACGAUGACGAAGAUUUCUACGCUUACACUGCCUUCUGUUAUUUAGUCACAGUCAUGGGUUUAGUGACACCUUGGAGCGUGACGUUAGCCCUAAUGGAAGCUUACUCAAUCAUCCUCCAACAACUUCCUAUGCAAGCAACAGUUAUAUCUGUCAUCGUCGCUGGAGAUUUUGUUUUGUCGUUUUUGUCUUUGGGAGGUGCUUGCUCGACGGUGAGCGUGGCCGUACGUUUGAUCGGCGCCGGAGAGAAGCAAUGUGAUCGGUAUAAGUUAUCGGCGACAAUGGCGUUUUUGUCUUCGUUUCUUUCAUUUGCUUCCACUUUAUUUAAUUUUCGUCUUCUUCCUUCUCUAAUGUCUCAAUAAUUAGAUUUCAUUUCACCAGUCUAUGGUUAUAUUCUUCCUUUUGUAUUUGUUGCAGAAUAAUUUUCCUUUGCUUCGACCAAUGCCACUUUCCUGACGGAUUUUCGAAUAUUAUUGUUUUUAGUAAUCUAUAAUUUCAAAUAGCAAAUGUCAUAUCGAAUGUCCCAUUAGAAACACUGUAUAUAGAGGAAAAUUUUGUAGUCUUUGAACUGUAAAACAAUUUUGACCUUUCAUAAAGUACAUCUUGUAGUUUGCAAGGCAGUGUUAUAGCAUUGCACAUGGGUCUAUACAAAACUUUAUGAUUAAACUAUGCUCUACAGCAAAAUUACUAAUCAAGGACUCAAUCUAUUAUCUAUAUAGUAGGGGUAAAGUUUUAAAAAUUGUGAUGAAUUAUAUAAAAUUAAAAUACUAUUGUUUUGUAGGUUAAUUUGUUUUUUUUUUUGUUUUUUUUUGAACAAAGUAGGUUAAUUUGUUCAUAUUUUUGAAGAAUGAUAUAUAUAAUAAUUUCAUGUAAUAUAUGGGAGACAUGAAGAUCUAAACUAUAUCCUAAGUGUCCAAUCUCAAAUCUCAUUUCAUUUGAAAAUGUCUGGAUUUAGAUAAGUAUUUAUCUGUAUUAGCAUACUACAUACAGAUGAAUCAAAUUAAUUAAUUAAAAUAUUAAUUGUAAUGGAUAUUUAUUUCAUUGCUUCUAAAUGAGAAUCGACUUAUGGAUUUUAAAAUGUUCGUCGUUAUUCACUUGAAGGCACCGGCUUGUUCAAGUGCAUGCACAUACAAAUUCAUGUGUUCCGUACGUAUAACUUUCUAUAGAUUUUCUUUGAUACCCAAAUGAUCACAUAAACAAAAUUUUAUAUGUUUUUAGAAACAAAACUCAAAUGGCCAAAUCACACAUAGAGAAAUUUUCCCAACCUUACUUCUUGACUUUUUACUGGUUUUUAUUUCCUUUAAAAUCCCCAGUAGUAUUUUAUUGUUAUUCGUUUUUUUCUCGUCAAACAAUUACAAAAACUAUUGUACUGCUUAAGUGUAUAUAAUUAAGGUUUUUUUAAUGUGCAUACGUAUAUAGAUUGUUCCACAAAAUCAAGACCAACAUAAUAAUAGUUGAUACUUUUAUGAACCAUGAUUAGGAGGAAUUCUUAAGCGAUCAGAAGUGAUUGAAGAUAAAGGGACCC